ACUCCCCGUGGGUGGACUCCUCCAUGCUCGCCUACCUCAGCCUGGACGAGAUGCUGCAGGGCACGGGCAGCCUGCGCGUCUCCGCCUCUCCGCUGCUGCACAAGGCCCUCCGGGAGGCGGCGAAGACGGUGGCGUGGCCGGUGGGGGAGGCCAUCAGCGUGCGGGACGGCUGGCGCCUGCAGGAACCCAUCAACAGUGCCGACGUGCACUUCGGCAGCCUGGCUUCGGGGAGCAGCUACGUGAGCUUCGCGGCGCAGCAUGGCGUGCCCUCCGCCCACUUCGUCGUCCUGGGCAAGGAGUGGAGGAGUACGUACGCCCUCCGCCACCAAAGACACUGCGGGUCCUACCGGACUCCUGGAUCCCGAGUACAAGUGGACCUAUAUGUUAGCCUUUUUUCCUUUCCCCCCCGGGUUUGGGGCGUGACGACCCUGGUGCUGAGCGAGAGUCGUCUGCCGCCCGUGGACUUCCGGGAGGUGAGCGGCAGCCUCUAUAACGGGUGGCAGAUGUUCGUCCACGCCCACUCCUCCGCCCUCGCCAGUUCCGGAUACGAUUUCACGGGCGUGCUUGACGCCAUCGAGAAGGAGAUAGAGAUAAUGGAGAGCACGAUGACCUAUCUCACGAAGUGGUAUGACGAUGCGCCCAUCUCCGGAGAUGAUAAGCGAGAUGGUGAUAAGGGAGGCGGUGGUAAGGGAGGCGGUGGUAAGGGAGGCGGUGGUAAGGAUUCGUGCAGCGCCGGCCCUUCGCUCCGGGAGUAUAGGCAAAUCGAGGAGCGGCUGCAGCGCGUGAUGGCCGUGAAGCGAGGCCUGCUGGGGCCGCGCGGCGUGGGGCGCACCUUCACCACCCACCUGAUGGUCGGCCCGGACCCCGAAGACCCGCUUGAGCCCAGCCAGUACCCGCACGCCGCUCGGGCCAUCACUCUCGCCCUGGCCCAGAAGACCCCCUGGGAGAGCGUGCACCAAGAGCUCUCCUACAUCCUGGCCGCGCUCACCGCCUUCCGCGAGCUGUUCGCCUCGGAUGCUGUGCCCGACACCUUCCCCAUUAUCUAGGCAGGGGGCGGGGCUUCUGGCGCUCUCGUUGAUAUCGCUAUUCAUAUUAUUAAUUAUUAUUAUUAUUAUUAUUAUUUUGGUUAUUAUUAUUAUUAUAAUUUUGGUUAUUAUUAUUA